AUGUCUCCCAAUUUACUUUACAUACCAGCUGUUAGGAAUGUGCUCAAGGGUCAAAUCAGAAGGGCUUGGCUUCAGCUCAUGCACUGCACCCCUUACCCAAGAAAUAGUGGAGGACUACCAGAGGUAGAGGUGGAGAUGCCUGCGGUUGCUGGCACUCUCGUUGAGGACGACCAUGCAGACUUUGCAUCUCUGGUGUGGAAUGCACCGUGUGGUCAAAGCAAAAGUGCGGCAGCAAAGGGUCUGCCCUGGUGGGUAGACCAAAGAAGGCACUGCUGGCCCAUGCCCACCACGCUAGAUCACAAUCUCACUGUUGUCGCUCGCCAUCUGUUGCUUGCUCCUCAACAUUCAGAAAACCCCGUUGUUCCAACACCUGCAGUUCCUGACAUCCCCAACAUUCCUGGCACCAUACAGAUCCUGCCUACAUCAAGCACUGCCACUGAUGAUGUUCUGCGGCAAGAAGUUCAAGCACUUUGUGAGAAUGAACUGGCAGAGGCCAAUCACAAAUUGGUCCAGCAACAGGCCCACUUCGACUUCAUUACAGAAGAAUUGGCUGACCAUCGUUGGCACAUGCUUCUGCCGCCCAUGGUGCCACCUGUGAGGCUGUGCCUGAGGGGCCAACAGCUAGCUGAGCAUGAGGCCGCAACUGAGAACCUCAAUGGCAGUGCUGAUAAAGGCCAACCUGCUGUUGAGCAAGGUGAUGCCAGUGCUGAGCAGGGUGAAUGCACCUCUACAGGGAGUGAGGCCAAUGUUUGA